AUGGUGUCAAACGCCAUCUCCAAUGAACUGAUCGAGAGCUCCAACGCUUUGGUUCCCAGUAAAUACCUGGUGGUCAAGGGUUUUUUUGAGCAGGACGAUAGUUCUACGGACAACGAUGACUUUGAUUUUAUGAAAGACAAUUUCGGUUUGGUUUCAGGUACCACCUGGAGUGAUGUAACCUCCGAAGUUGACAAAUUAAAUGCCAAAAACGACAAUGGCACCCAAUACAAGUUGUUCUUCUUCGCCAGACAUGGAGAAGGCUAUCAUAACAUCGCACCAGAUAAUUAUUCAAGUGAAGAAUGGGAAUGUGUAAUGCAAGAACAAGAUGGAGCUGAUGGUAUCGAAUGGUACGAUGCGCUUCUCACACCUGAUGGUAUUUCUGAAACCCUGGAUUUGCACACCUUCUGGCAAAAUCAACUUUCAGGAGGAGCACCUCUUCCAGAAUCGUUUUAUGUCUCUCCUUUGAGAAGAACUUUGCAGACAUUCAACUACACAUGGAAUGGGUUGAUUUCCUAUUCAGACCAAAUUCCUCUUGUGGUUGAGAAUGCUCGAGAAAAGUAUGGCAUUGGAACCGAAAGCAAGAGACAUCCCAAAUCUUACAUUUCGGAAAACUAUCCGUUUGCAAACUUUGAAGAUGGGUUUACCGAAAACGACAAAUUAUGGACUACAACCAAACAUGAGAAGCUGAAACAUGUACGAUAUAGAGCCGAGUUGGUGUUGGAUGAAAUUUUCACGCUGGAUAAUAACACGGUGAUUUCUGUCACCACGCAUUCAGGAACAAUCAGUGCAUUUCUCAAGAUUGUUGACCACAGGAAAUGGUCGAUGAAAACUGGGGAAGUUAUCCCCGUAAUCAUCAAAGCUUCCAAGUACGAACCAUACUCGAAACCUGACGUGGACGAUGCGUGGAGCACCUUGCCCUCUUCCUGUGCUACGUACGUGGCAGAUAAUUAG